UUCAAUCGAAAAAUAUCCCAACUCUCUGAAAUUCGACAAACCGUUCAACAGCAUCACUCGACCUCUUUCUCUCUUUCUCCAGAUCAAAUUGAUUCUUCUGCGAGCGAGUAUAAAAUGGAUACUGAGCGAAACACUCCCAUUUUCGCUUCUGAAUAACAUCUUUGUGAAGAUGGAGAGUGUUGAAGGAAAUGGUGCUGUUGCCGAGUCUGGUUCUUACUCGGUGGGCGAAGAAGGGAAAGAAUUGAACAACUGUGAAGCGGGUUUCUCUGGAAAUCGAGAAUUUGGUGUAGAAUCAAUUGCUAAUGCUAUUACACAUGCUUCCAAGGUCACUGAUUUUGAGAGUGCAAGGGAAAGGAUGGUUGAUUCUAUCAAGAUCGAAGAUGAAUUUGAUCAUUUUUCACGGGUUGAUGGGAAGCUUUCAAGUAUGGAAAGUACAGACACUGAUGAAAAGGCAAGUGUUUCUGAGAGAAUGCACAAAAUGGUUGAGAGUGAUAGUUUAAAGAUUGAAGUAAUUGAUGAAACAGCAGUGAUUGACACAACUCGUGCUUCUAAACUAGAAAAUGGUAUUGGAAAUGAGAAGGGUUUUGUGGGUUUUGCUAAAACUGAUGGAAUGAAAGAGAAACGCCCUCAAAGAAGGGGAAAAGGUGCGGAAAAACUGUCGGGGUCGAAUGGGAAGGAAAAGAUUCUGAUUGACAUGGAUAAAGCUCAAAAUAGCUUGGAAAAGGAAGGUGAUGGAACCAAAAGAGCCUACUCAAGGGAGGAGGUGGAGGCCCUGAGGUUUGUAAAUCUAGAAUCACAGCAGAAAAAGUGGAUUGAGAUAUACUGUGGGCUUGCGCCCAUUGUGGCGGGGGAAUAUGAUGGUCUGAUUGCUUGUAAUCGUCAGAAGCACAUCCAAAUUAACUUUGAUCCGCGGAAACAAUCCGGAAAGAAGAAAAAGACCCCUGCGGUUCUUGGUGAAGAUUGUUUUCAAGUCAUGAAUAAUGAAACUGAGAACAUGAUCCCCUUGGAUCCUUCUUGUGGUGAAGACUACUUAAUUUUAGAGGGAGAAUGCAGCGAGGAAGAUGACAGCGAUGACGAUUACAGUAGCAUUCAAAGACCUGCCUUUUUGGUUACAGGAAAACCCAAUUUUAAUUCUGGACCUCCCCAAGAUGGGUUGGAAUAUCUUAGGCGCGUAAGGUGGGAAGCAGCACAAAUUCCCAAAGUGAAGGUUUCCAAGCUUGAAACAAGCAAAUUGAGCAAAGAACAGACUGUUUAUAUGCCUAAGAUACCUGAUAUUGCAAAGUGCCCGGAGCACUUGUUGCCACUGAAACAGUGGGAGGAUGCAUUCAUUGCUGAUUUUUCGGAGCUAAGGCUGGUUCUAUCAAAUCUCGAUUGUUGUAGCACUGAAGUUUCUGCAAAAUUUCAGUAUUCAUCUUCGGCUGUCAAUGAAGAAGAAAGCUCCAAUCAUCUUCUGGAAAGUAUCAUUGUUGAAAAAUUUGAUAACCUAACUAAUGAAGUUGAAUCUGACGAGGUUCUUGAUUGUUCAAUACCUGAAAACGCGAGUGACCCAGGAUCUUUCUCAACAGUUGAUGAAAAUAAUGAAAAUUCCCAUACUAAAUCUUCUGCCAGUGGAAGUUCUAGCGACAGCCCGACUUUGUCUGCGAUUCUUAGGAUGGAUUCAGUGGCUCGAUUGUCAAUGCUGAGGAAACGGAUAAGCUUGGUGGAGAACGUGACCGCUCUGUCAAGGAACGAUUGUGCAUGGCUGUUUGCUCUGUGCGCUGCAAUCGACACUCCACUAGAUGCUGACACGUGUGCAGCCCUUAGGUGUUUGCUGAGGAAGUCUGCAAGCUUGCGAGCUGCAAAAUCUGAAGUCAAUGAUGAAGUUGUCAUGCUUAAUAUUCUGGUAACGAUUACGGGUAAAUACUUUGGGCAGUUAGAAUACUGAGGUUCUUAUAAGUUCAUCUGGGGCAUUGCAAUGGCCAUGGAUUGUGCUUGCGUUUUUUGUUUUUGUUUUUGUUUUCAAUCCAGGGUGUAAUUUGUUUUAUUUGCUCAAUAUAAUGGUUGUCUAUGCCACACUUGGUAAAUGAAUGUGUUACCACAGAAAUGCAUAUGUUGUUUACUUUGGCAUGCAUGUUUGAUUCUCAGUUAUGAGGAUGAACAAUGGAUUAGGUUGUUAUCUUUUGCGUCCAUUGAGAAGAAAAUAAAGAAAACAUAGGACCUGUUUGGUUGGUGUA